GUACCAAUGUGCGUGGCGUACGUAAACCAGCCUAUUAACGGGUCGAUCGCUCUUCCGUUUGGAUCAAAAUGGGAACGUUAUCUUCACUCGGUUUGCUCCUUUUUCUAGCCUCAUCGUGUGUUGCACAGUCAGGAUGUCAGCUUCCCUUGGGCAUGGAGUCAGGUGCAAUCCUUGACAGUCAAAUCACAGCCACAUCCACAGUAAAUAUCCUCGAAGGGCCCCGAUACGCCAGACUACACAAGAGAGACGGCGGAGGGGGUUGGACAGCAGGCACGCAGGACCUCUCUCAAUACCUGACCAUUGACUUGGGGGGCGUGGCCACGGUCACUGCGGUGGCUACUCAGGGGCGGUUUGGCACCAACGACUACGUCACCGAGUACAAGCUCAUGUACAGUGUGGACGGCAGCAAGUGGACGACAUACAGCGACGGUGAUGCCGAUAAGGCAUUCCAAGGCAACAGUAAUGGCAAUCUGGCCCACAAGAACGUGCUGCCAAGUAGCAUCGAGGCCCGCUAUGUCCGCUUCAACCCGACGCAAUUCAACGACCGCCUCUCAAUGCGCGUUGAGGUCUACGGCUGCCUUAAAGAAACGGCCUAUUUUGACGGCACGUCGUACAUCAAGUACGACACCAGCCAGGCCCCUAACCACAUCCAGUCCUUCGAGGAUCUGAUCCAGAUGCGAUUCCGUACCUCUCAGCCCGACGGUCUGCUGGUGGCUGGGAUCGGAAGGCAUUCCGACUACGUCUUCCUCCAGCUGCGCGGCGGGAAAGUCCUCCUUAGCGUCAAUCUUGGGGACGCAUCUGGCGGGACGCCAUCCGGCGCGACGCUGCUGGAAGGCGGAAGCCUAUUGGACGACAACCAGUGGCAUCUGGUGCAGUACAAACGUCAACGCCAGACAGUCGAGCUUGUGGUGGACGGAGUGACCGUGGCAGUCAGGACGAACGGUCACUUUACGCGGCUGGACUUAGACAAAGAGAUGACCAUCGGCGGGACGUCCGUGUCGCAGCAUCGGGGGCUAAGCUCCACACAGUUCUUCGUCGGUUGCCUACAGAACGUCCUCCUGAGCAACAGCGUGGAGCCGUCCAGCCUGGGUACAGCCCUCAACUUCAUCAAGGGCCUGCGGGAGAAGGCCUACUCUACCCUGAGCUUGAUCGGUAACCUGGAGUAUGACUGCAGAGGGGAGACCACAGUGCCGGCCACGUUCCCCAGCAAGAGUUCACACAUACAGUGGCCAGGGCCCAGCCUGUCACAGAACUUCACCAUAUCUCUCAAGUUCCGGACGUUCAGUGCAAGCGGUCUGCUAGUCAACAACCAGCUGGUGUCCAGCACUGGGGGUUACAUCACUGUAGGCCUGAACGAAGGAACGCCAGUUGUUAUACUGAAGACGGGCAGCAGCGCCGCCAUUGAGAUACCUGGAGUUGGUUCAGAUUUGAACGAUGGCAGAUGGCACAGUGUACACUUGGAGAUGGCCAACAACGUCAUCCGAUGGACGGUGGAUGGCGAGAGCGACGUCAUACAACGGAGCUUCUCCAUCACUACAAACGAGAAGUUCUAUGUGGGAGGCUCAACCGAGGACAGUUCCAAGACGGGACCCCUCCUGGGUUUCCUGGGUUGCAUGAUGGACGUCAUUCUGGGUGACACCAGGAUAGACUUUCGCACCAUCUUGGACGGGAACAUGCCUCAGGGAGCGAGCAGUGAAGACGUGGACAUCGAUACCUGCAGCCUAGAAGAUUGGUGCACCCCGAGCCCCUGCGCCAACAACGGGAAGUGUGUGUCGGACUGGGACACAUUUACAUGUAGUUGCACCAACACAGGCUACACUGGGACUACUUGCUCCAUCUCCCAGCAUAGCAGUAUGUGUGAGUUUGCAGGAACCCAUACUAUCGACCCCGAUGGUAGCGGUCCCUUACCCCCGGUUGAGGUUGAGUGUGAACGACAAGAUGAUGUGGUAUUCACCGUGAUCCACCACGAUGCAGAGACAACAGAAGACGUUCCCCCGGGCAGCCUAGAGCCCGGCUCCUACUCGCGGGAUGUGGUCUAUCAGGCCAGUAAUGAUCAGGUCAAAGCCCUCCUCGAUAUGUCCGAGUACUGCGAGCAGCACAUCAAGUAUGAGUGCAACAAGGCCAAGCUGCUCAACUCACCGAAUGGUGAACCGUACGGCUGGUGGGUCAAUCGCAAUGGCCAGAAAAUGAAUUACUGGGGCGGGGCAGCCCCUGGAACUGGCAAGUGCGCCUGCGGCCUGUUUGAAACCUGCUACGACAACACUAAGUGGUGCAACUGCGACGCCAACGACGCCCCCAACAAAAUGGACCAGGGCCUGCUGCGGCACAAGCAGUUCCUGCCCGUCAAGCAGCUGCGGUUCGGUGACGUCAAAGCCACGGGCUCGUCGGCUAAGCACACACUGGGACCCCUGAAAUGUCGAGGCAGUGCAUACCUCGCCAACGUGGUGACGUUCCGCUCCCGUGAGGCCCACCUCCUCUUCCCCAUCCUCUCGGUCGAUGCCAAGGCCUUGAUUGUCUCCCUAGAGUUCAAGACCACCCAGGCUUCGGCGGUCCUGGCCGCCGCCGACGGCCCCGACGACACUUUUGUCCAACUGGAGCUGUACGAGACCCAGAUGGUCCACUUCAGUUUUGACUACGGAGCUGGUAGGAAGGAGGUCAGGGUCGGCAUGUCUUCACCAAUCAACGACAACGAAUGGCAUCAUGUGAUGCUUACCCUUGAUACGAAAGCAGCCACGCUUGCCAUCGACCGGGGACAGACGGCGACCACCGAAUUCAACAUGGGCAAGCUCCGGCUCCGACUGACCGACAAUUACUUCAUCGGUACCUCCACCUUACAGUCGGAGGGUUUCGUGGGCUGCAUGCGUAAUCUCCAGAUCAACGGUCGUUUUGUGGACAUGGUUGCCGCCAGCAAGUCGGCAAGGCAGGUGGAGACCGGCUGCUCGGGCAAGUGCGAUGAGGAGCCGUGCCUGAACGAGGGCAAAUGCAUCGAGACGUACGACGAGAUCGAAUGCCAGUGUGACUUGACGGCAUUUGAGGGACCAUACUGCUCCAGGGAAAUUGGUGGUCGCAUGGAAAGCGGUAGUGAGGUGACCUACAAAGUCCCCAUUGCAGACGUCCAAGAUUCUGAGAUGGACGUCAUCACACUAGCCUUCACCACUGACAAUGCAAGAGGGAGGCUGCUCAGGGUCGAGAACAGCCAGUCGGAAUCCUUUGAGGAGAUUGCCAUUCAAAACCCAGAGGGCUACCUUACGUUUACGUACAAGUUGGGCUCCGGGGAGCCAAUCGUCCUGACGAGCGAACAUAACUUCACUGACGGAAAGCACCACUACGUGAAGAUGGAACGUGACGGAAAUGAGGCAAAACUCAAGGUGGACGGCUACGAACCAGUGACGUUAAUGACACCAGGAGUGGAUACAACAUUUGCUGGGGUGGACAGAGUUUAUGUUGGAAGCACGGAGGAGGCCAAUACCUUCCAAGGCUGUAUUUCCCGGGUGAAGUUCAACGACAUCUACCCGCUGAAGAACUACUUCAUGGAGCCUCGCCCGGACAGCGUGACCAGCGCGGGUAACCUGCAGAAGUCGCGCUGCAACGUGGAGGAAGCCGUGCCGGCCGCGGCCAUUCCGAAGCCCCUCCCACAGCCCACUGAAGUCACUCCCACCGAGCCAGCCGAGCCACUCCCACCUGCGGGGCAGAAUCUGUCCGGCGGAGAUAAGGCUGCUAUAGCUUUUGUGGUGAUCAUCCUCCUCCUAGCCCUGAUAAUUCUCGUACUCCUGAUCCUGCGCUACAAGUUCCAACACAAGGGCAUGUACCACACCAACGAAGCGAAAGGGGCGGAAGCGGCCGGCGACGCCGACACAGCAGUCAUGAUGACCGGCGCCAAGCAAUUAAAACCGGAAAAGAAGAAGGAAUGGUACAUUUAACCUUUAAAGUCGACAGUCUUUGUUAUUUUAACAUGCAAUCGAAGUUAUUCAUGUUUUUAAUGGAGCAGUAGUUAUGUUUUUCAAUAGAGACUACAAUUUUUGUAUGUAUUUGUGCUAAAUGGAAAAUCUGGUUUGGUCGUAAGCAUAUUUUUACUUGAGAUUUUUUUUUAAGGAAGGGACAUUUUCAUAGCAGAACUUAUCAUAGCCUGUAAGGCAUAUCUUUUGUCCAUGAUGCGUAAACUAGUGCAGAGAAUUGGAGUUUCAAGCGGAAAGUUUUCUACUUUUCCGGUGCACAAUUUCUCUUUCAAAGAUUGCUAUGAAAGUGGCCAGCCUCAUCCUUAUUUUGGUUUUUGUAAACCUAAUCUGUGGUCCAAUGUGGCCUUAUUUUUGUAUAUUCAGGGUCAGUUUUGUUUUAAAAAAUAGUUUUGACAGUGGAUUUUCUAUGUACAAAUCUGUGGCUUUGGUCAGCUUAUAGAUAUUGGAAUACAGUGUAUGUACUGAUGUUAUGAACUGGUCAGAACUGGAUAGGACCAGUCAGCACCAGACAAGGCCAGUUUUAUCUAUUGGUACAGUCAGUGGCUAAUUAUCUUGCGAUAUGUAAACUGGUGGGAACGAGUUAGGACUGGUCAGAACUGGUCAGAACCAGCCAAGGCCAAGUUGCUCUGGUUGUGAGACAAUUGCUUAUUAUCUGUGCUUGUCUAUUAAACUGGCUCAGAACUGGUUAGGACCAGUCAGAACUAACUCAGGCCGGUUGGAUCCAGCAGUGUGGUCAGUGGCUUAAUAUUAUCUGUGCUGAUACAUAAAGUGGUCAGAACUGGUUAGGACCGGUCAGGUCUAGCUCUUCAGAUGGAACCGGUUGUAAAUGUCUGGUCAAUCUGGUAAAAACCACUUCUUACUUGUGUUUGAGCGAAAUUAUAAUUGGCUAGAUAUUGAUUUUCAAGCAGAUAAUUGAUUUCUUUGGUUUUCAUGUAAAAGCCAAUAUCAGGCCAUGUUAAUUAAAAAUGAAAGAAAUGUUCUUUUAGAUCUGUAUUGAAAAGUACUAUUUAAUCAUGACCUUUUUAUUAAUAUUUUCCAUGCUGGAAGCAUUUGGCACUUUUACCAACAAGUUUAGAUUUUAAUCUUUUUAAAUUCCUAAUUCACAGACAUAGAUUUAGGGCUUUAUAAUUUUCCCUUUUCUUCUGACUGGUAAAUUACAGAAGAAUCUCGAAUGCAAGGUUUACGUUUUUUUAAUCACUUUUUUUUUCUCAUUUAUUUUCUUUAUUAAGUAGCUGCCAGCUUUUCAAACAAAAUGCUAAAAUGCAUUAUUGGUUGCCAUGGUUAAAGCUAUGGUUAUGGAUCAUACUGUGCCAAACAAUAUUUCUAACCGUUUUUCCUACAUAGUAUCUUUUUAAUUAAAUCCACGACCAAGCUUUUUGAAAAUUAAAAAAUAUGAAAUCUUCCCUGAAUGACUUCCAACAAAUUAUACAAAAAAAUGUAUGUAAGCAAAAUUGGACCGUUGAGAAAUUUUCAAGAUGUUUUAUAAAGACCAAAACUUUUUAUGGCUGACGUGAACUUUUGGAAAACAUUUUUUAAGUUUUACAAUUGUAUCCUCGUUCUGUUGAACGAGGCUCCUUACAUUUUGCACAGCAUUAUUAUUACCAUUGUCUAUUCCUCAGAGGCUAUGCACAUUUUAAAAACAGUGUAUUUAAAAUCCACCUUUCUUUUUUGGUUUUUAUUGUAUUUAAAGCCCGAAGUUCAUCAAGGAUAUUUUAUUUUGUCUACAUUUAAUUUCAUUUUUAAGCGUUAGUUUACAACGGUAACAGGGAGUUUUUGUUAAUACUGCGAAACUGGCUCUGAUAUUUGAAUGAACUUAACACGUUGACUGCCAACUGUGAAUAUAAUCGUAGUGGCUGACAUACUGGAGUAUAAGUAAAGACUUUCUUAUUGUAUACGGAAUACACUAGCGGCGCUGAAAACGCAACAAAUUAGCUGUUGGCAGUUCAAGAACAAAAAUCUAUCCACUGGUUAUGUUCAUAUCAAAUUGUUUUUUAUUAAGUAUCAAAUACAUAUGCGUGCAUGCGUACAUCGCUUGGCAAAGGGGCACCCUGUACAAAUUUCGUCGGCAGUCAAUGUGUUUCAAGGUUGUGGCUAAAUUUGACCAGUAGUGCUUUCAACACACUAAAUAAUGUAUGCCGAAUAUAUGAUAGUUAAGGUUAACGGUUAAGUCGCAUUGAAGUCGCAAAAGGUCAAACGAUACACUAUGAUUAAGCUUUUGUCAAUUGGGUUAAAACGCAAAAUGGGCUAGCUGUUCUGGGCGAGGUCUAGCUAGUUUUAGAACUUAUGGAAGUUGGCGAGCAGUGCUAAUGUUUUACAUUACUGUGUCUGUAUUACUUAUGUUUUAAAGCUGUUAGUCUGGUCAUGAUUUCAGUUUUUCACAUGUUUCUUGUUUGAAGGCGUUUAGGCACCAGACUUGGCUUAAAUUCCUUGUCUGAAAAAAAAAAUGCAUCAGAUCCCACCAAUGUACAAAGGUCAAUGAACUUAAGUGUCAAUAUUUUGUGUGUGUCAAGUCUUGAGUAACAUUUUAAAAUGGUCAUGUCAUUUUUUUUGUGUCUGGGAUAGUGCACAACUUUUAAAAAAACUGUGCGGCUGAUUCCGGUAUGGGUUCCAAGCUAUGUGAGAAAUGUCUGUGAUUGGCCAUUCAAAAAAUAACCCUCAUCCAAUGGUAUCGGAGCUGAUACCAGCUACGGGCCAUGUGACUUUGUUAGGGCUGUGCUGAUUAGUCAAACAUUUGUGUAGUUGAUUUAUCCUUCAAGUUUUUGAACAUUUGCAUCAAGUACAUGAGUUCCAGUGAGAGGAGUUAAUGUAACUUGUGUGGCCAUAGCAGCCAUGUCUUUCUUUGGGGCUGUCACUUGGCAAAUUGGUCAGAUGCAUUGCUACCCAUAAUGUGGAUUUUGGACUUCACAGAGUCGGGGGAUCCUGCAGGUUGAAAGCAUUCAGUUGCCUGCUUUAAUUGCAUGAUAUGGCAUAUUUUGUUUUGACUUCAUAACUUCAUUGUGUAUUUAUUUCAUGUUUAACCAGCUUCCAAAGUGCAAUGUGGAUCUCCAUUUUCAUUCGUAUGCACUGUUGUAAACAUUUGUGCACAAUUACAUUGUAGUCUUGGUGAAAGUAAUAUUGUUCCAACAAUGUGGAUUCAUUUUGCAGUGCAUGUUUAAUACAACCAUUUGAAUUUUUAACUUUUGCUUUGGUUUAGUCUUAAUCACUGUGCCUCACACAUAUAUGCAUAAUUGUAUUCAUGAUCUAAUUCCUAAAUUUGCAACGCCUCAGAAGACUUAAAUCAUCUGCCUGAUGCAUGUUCUCUUAAAUUUUUUUUAUAACAUCCAAGUCUGGUGUUGCAGAAAGUAACUUGUGAACAAAAUUCUCGGAGGAUGCCAGUGUUUUAGUCACUGAUAGGCCACGUCUGCUAGCAUGGCUACGACUUGGAAGUUACACAUGUGCCAAUGGAAGCGGCUGUACUGGCAGCCGUAGCCAUGUUGUUGGACGUGGACAAUAUUUCCAUACAUUUGGGUUUACGUAUCACUCCAUUAUCAACACCCAUUUGACGUUGUGCUUGUAGCAAGAAGCAUCACACUUGUGUUGUUAUGGAAUUUGGGAGGGAUUUGAGUUAAACAUUUGAUUCGCGAAAUGCAGUUGAAAAAGACCUCAGGGCUUUGGGUUUUAGUGUGGUGUUUAGUCUUUCAUUGAUAGGAGGAAUUUGUUCCCAUUACUUUCAUCUUAAUCUAGACGGGUCAAAUUCUAAGGGCUCAAUCAGAGUUUCUUAAAAAAAUAUAAUGGAAUAAACAUUUUGUACUGGUCAUUUUCUGUUAAACUUUUACAACUUUGCAUGUAGUGUAUUUAAAAAAAUGCUAAAAAGUCCCUUGUUCGGGGAUUAUUAUUUCGUUUUUAGAUAAAUGUUGGUUGAUUUUAUACUGUAAAUCCCUUACUGCUACAAAGCUUGCACAUUCCUACAUUGGACACGGUAGUACUGUAAAGAUGAACUUAUAAACUAAAAGCAGUACCUUUUGAACUGUAAAGUACAACAUUAAAAGGCCAAUUUUUUUUUUAAAUUGUUUGCAGAAUUUGAAUAUUAAUGUAACUUUCUUGUACAGCGUCGGGUGUAAUUUUGAACUGUAUGUUUUCUUAACAAGAACUACGAGAUUUGAUCGAAGAUAAAUCAAAAAUGGUUUUGACGUUUUCAUUUUUGUGUAUUCACUGGCGUGUGUACGAUUUAACCAAGUUGUUGAAUUUAACCAGUACUUGGUGACAGUACUUUUUUAUUAAUCAUAAGUAGUGUGUUUUUUUUUUUUGAAGUUUUUUUUUAUUGUGGAUUAAUCUAUUUAUUGUUAUUAAUUCAGUAUUAAGAUACUACAUUGGUGAAGGGGUUCUUUGUAGAUAUUUCUUGUCAUUUGGUACUUUUUUGAGAUGGCUACUGUUUCUGUAUAUUUCACUAAUAAAAAUGGUCCUUUGUUUACAAAAGGCGCUGAAAUUUC